AUGAAUCGUGCUUUGGUGCUGGUAAUUUUUCAGUUUUUGUCUUUGAGCGAGACUCGUUAUGCCAAGGUAAAUAUAAAUUUGGGCCUGACUGUGGCUGAUGAAUCACCCAAACCGUUUACGGAGGACAUGAUCCGACUUUGUGGCGAUCAAACGGAUAUUUCUCUACGGGACUUGCACAAACUGCAGCAGGAUGACUUUUCGGAUCCCUCGGAAUCGAUUCAGUGCUUCACUCAUUGUCUCUAUGAGCAAAUGGGUCUCAUGCACGAUGGCGUCUUUGUGGAGCGAGAUUUCUUUGGACUACUCGCGGAUGCCGGUAACCCGGACAUUUGGCCAGAACGCCAGUGCCAUAUGAUUCGUGGCACUAACAAAUGCGAAACUGCCUUUAAAAUCCACCUCUGCCGGCAGGAGAUGAAACAGCAGCAGCAGAACUUCCUAUCCACCAAGGAUGUGGAGGUCACCACGCCAGCUGAGUCCGAUGAUCCAAUGCCUUAA